AUGGAUAGUAGUCAAUCCUCUCUACAGAUUCCAAAAUCGCAGUCUACCAAGGAACCAAUUGUAGCAAAAACCCCAGCGAAGGAGAAGCCGAAAGUGAUCAUUCUAACUCCAGCGCGUAGAAGUAUUACUCGAACAAAGAAUAUAACGAUACGGAAAGUGAGGCGAAAACGGCGGAGAAAAGGAAAACUUUCGUUUCGUUUGUAGUUUUAGU